UUCGCAGCGACAUCGAGGCUACAUUUUCUUCUGGCUCCUUACAUGACCGCCUCGAUGCCGUACAGUCACCAGGGGGCAUGCACAUAGUAAUAAUAAUAAUAAUGCAUUUCAGGAAAGCUUGCUACGACGAGGCUCCAUCGUUUCCACCUCCCCGUAUGAACGCAAACACGGCCGUGGUGUGAUGGAGAUGUGCGUUUAGGUUCAUGUGUCCGGCGGGACUGCCCCUGGCUUUUUUUCUGGGGAAGAUCAUAUUGGAUCAUAUUGUUUGCAGGACGUUGUUCCUCCUGCAGCCCCCCUAGUCUAUCCCGACGUAGUUGUGAAUUGAACAUGGCGACUGUACCAGUAUAUUGCAUCUGCAGAUUACCUUACGACGUGACCCAGUUUAUGAUCGAGUGCGAUGCUUGCAAGGACUGGUUCCACGGCAGCUGUGUUGGGGUGGAUGAAGAUGACGCUCCAGACAUUGACAUAUAUCACUGUCCGAACUGCGAAAAGACUCAUGGCAAGUCCACAUUGAAAAAGAAAAAGAACUGGAGCAAACAUGACACGGGACAAAGCACAGAUAUCAAAGCUGUUCAGAACGGCAGUCAGGUUUUCAUAAAGGAGCUUCGCAGUAGGACAUUUCCAAGUGCUGAUGAUGUGGUGGUGAAGCUGGGCGGCAGUCAGCUGACCAUGGAUUACCUGGAGGAGAACGGCUUCAAUGAACCGAUCCUUGUUCAGAAGAAAGACGGUCUGGGCGUGUCCAUGCCUGCUCCCACCUUCUACAUCAGUGAUGUGGAGAACUACGUCGGUCCUGAUGUUGGUGUGGAUGUCGUCGACGUCACCAAACAGACCGACAGCAAGAUGAAGCUCAAAGAGUUUGUCGAUUAUUACUACAGCACAAACAGAAAGAAAGUGUUAAACGUCAUCAACCUGGAGUUCUCCGACACAAGGAUGAACAGUAUAGUGGAGAGCCCACAGAUUGUGCGGCGGUUGUCUUGGGUAGAAAACUACUGGCCUGAUGAUGCUCUGCUCGGGAAGCCAAAAGUCACCAAAUACUGUCUCAUCUGUGUGAAAGACAGCUACACAGACUUCCACAUCGAAUGCGGUGGUGCCUCCGUCUGGUACCACAUCCUAAAGGGAGAGAAGAUCUUCUUCCUCAUCAAGCCCACGUCUGCCAACCUGUCUCUGUACGAGCGCUGGAGGUCGUCGUCCAAUCACAGCGAGAUGUUCUUCGCUGACCAAGUGGACAAGUGUUACAAAUGCACUCUGAAGCAAGGCCAGAGUCUGUUCAUCCCGUCAGGUUGGAUCAAUGCAAUACUGACUCCGGUUGACUGCCUGGCGUUCUCUGGACACUUCGUCCACAACCUGAGUGUGGAGAUGCAGAUGAGAGCGUAUGAAAUCGAGAAGCGGCUCAAGGUCAAAACUCUCACCCCCUUCCCCAACUUCGAGACGGCGUGCUGGUAUGUGGGACGGCAUCUCCUCGAGCGAUUCAAAGGUUUACAUAAAGCAAAUAAGCAACCAGCUCCAUAUCUGAUCCAUGGUGCCAAAAUCAUCAAUGGAGCCUUCAGAGCAUGGACUAAAAAACAGGCCCUCCUGGAACAUGAAGAUGAGCUUCCAGAGAACAUGAAACCAUCUCAGCUCAUUAAAGAUCUUGCCAAAGAGAUCAGACUGUCAGAGAACGCCACAAAAGCCAUUAAGAGCGAGCCGAGCAUUAAGGUGCCGGUGGAAGAGCCGCCCUCCACCCACUCCGAGCCCGAAGAGCCCGUUUCCCCGGCCCACGUCCCCUCACCCAGCAGAGAGAAAGGCAGGAAGAAAGCCUCCAAACCUCCAAAGCCUCCCAAACCCCCAAAGAUGCCCAAGGCCCCCAAGCCUCCGAAGGUGCCGAAGGUCAAGGAAGGAGGAAAGAAGAAAGCCAAGAAGGCAAAAGAGUCAUCGCCGCCUCCUAAACCCUCCAGCUUCGCUGCUCUCGAGUCCCAUGCAAAGGACAUCUUGAGUAAAAUGGACCAGCCAAAAAAGAUGAAGGCUGUGAAGAACGUCCUGAGCAUGUCAGAGAAAGAACUAUCAAAGCAGAACAACGUGGAGAAGUUUGAAAUCAGAGAGCAGAAUAAAAACAAGACUGAAGCAAAAUGGAAGUAUAAGAACAGUAAACCAGAUUCCCUGCUAAAAAUGGAGGAGGAGUGCAAAUUUGACAGAACACCUCUGUCAAGCAAUAAAGACAAAUUCAGCUUUACUGUGUCUCACAAGAAAAUGCUCGGCUCCAAGACGCUGAAACCUCAGACCAACUCAAGUGUUUUUGGUUCAUUACAAAACCUAAAAGAAGACAAAACCAAGCCAGUGAGAGAUGAGUACGAGUAUGUCUCAGACGAGGGGGAGCUGAAAAUUGACGAAUUCCCCAUUAGACGGAAAAAGAACACGGUGAAGAGAGAUCUCUCCUUUUUGUCAGACAUCAGAGAAUCCAUCCAGCCAGCCAAAAAACCAAAGUUCCAACCCUUGGUGACCAAGCAGAGUGUCGACUCCUCAGAUGAAGAGACUCUGCACAUAGACACAGAGGCCAAGCCUGAGGUCAAAAGUCGCAACUCUAAGGUCAAGAAAAAGGGCGGCAGCGCUGCAGGGAUUCUGGACCUGCUGCAGGCGAGCAAGCAAGUGGGUGGGAUUGACUACAGCGCCAACAGUCAGCCACCUGCAUCUCCCAGCACACAGGAGGCCAUUCAGGGCAUGCUGUCCAUGGCCAACCUGUCGUCUUCAGACAGCUUGCAGCAGCCGUGGAGCAACAGCCAGUCCAAGAACAAUAGCCAGCUGAAGAGCAACUCGCACAGCACGCAGGUCGGCAAGAAGGGCGGCGGAGGAGCGGGCGGAGGCAGCAACAACAGCAAGCGGCCCACCAAGCGGCUCCCGAAGAAACCCAGGAAAAGCAGCAGUAUUGAGAGCCUGGAUUAUGACGACGACCAGGAUCACAUGGACGCGUGUUUCAAGGACUCAGAUUACGUUUACCCCUCGUUGGAGUCCGAAGAGGAUAAUCCUGUCUUCAAAUCUAGAUCAAAAAAACGGAAAAGCAGCGAUGACACUCCAUACAGCCCGACAGCCCGCGUAGGACCCUCAGUUCCUCGACAAGAGCGGCCGGCAAGAGACGGAGCCCGAGUAGCCUCCAUAGAAACGGGACUGGCCGCAGCUGCAGCAAAGCUUUCUCAUCAGGAGGAGCAACAGAAAACCAAGAAGAAGAAGAAAAGCACCAAAAAGAAGGCAAUAGUAAUUGAAGAGCCCCCAAAAAUCUCUCAGGACAGUAGCUCGCCGGAGCACAAUCUUGACUCCCAAGAUGGCAGCCUGACAGACCACGAGUUCAACACUGGAGCAGUCAAGUCACCGGGAGGGCCGCAGCCUAUGGCGCCCGGGGUCUUCCUCAGCCAGAGGCGACCAUCCAUGUCUUCUCCCAACAACAGCACCAACUCCACUAGCACCAACAGCAGCGGCAUGGCAAAGGGGGAUCGCGCGGGGUCAGCGGACGCCAAAGCUAAGCGGCUAAAGAAAGGCAUGGCAACAGCCAAACAAAGACUUGGAAAGAUUUUAAAGAUCCAUCGAAAUGGAAAGCUCCUCCUGUAGUAUGCAGCGGACUGUUGUAGGACUGGGAAUUCAUGAGCUGGGUCGUAUCCCAACCUCACCCCCCGUUCACUGAUUAAAGCCAACAAUGGAGAAAAAAAAACUGAAACGAGACGGGGGGAAGAAGAAAAUCAUGCAUUUUUUCAAUUUCUAAGAAGAACAUCACUCAAAUAGGUUUUUGCCUCUACUUAUACUUUAUAACUUUCAGAUAUUAAAGUGUACAGAACCUACUAUAAAUAUUUUUUAAGAGAACAUGUCUCAUUUUACUACAGCUGUCAGUUUAUCAGGGGUUGCUAAAACAUGAAGUAGAAGUACAUUGCAGUCAUUCCAAGAUUUUUGAAAGUAUCCCUUGCAUGUAUUCAGUUGCAUGUGCGCUUAGGUCAGGGUUUGGGGAUUUUACACAUUAAUUCCUACUAUAUGGAUGCAGCUUAUCAUUGCAACACUGAAGAUCGGCGAGCUGAAAUGGAAAAAUCACGUCCUUCCUGCCUCCCCAGCCAAGAUUCAGCGGAGCGUGGUUUUGAUUGGAGUCAACUUGAGCAUUUAUCCCUUUAUGUUAACACUUAGAUUUGCAGAGCACUAUUCACGCUGAUAUUUAUUUAUUCGUGUCGAGUCAUAGGAAGGAAAUGAACAACUGUAAAGCACAAAGUGAACCAUGAAUGACGCCGUGUAUCAAACAGCAGCAGUGUCCGAAUGUUUCUUGCAGUUAAACAAAGGAUAACAAUAAGACUAAGUGGCUUAGUGGAGGCCCGCUGAACAGGAUUCAGUGCGUUCGGACAUGACAAGCAUAGGAUUUCUUACACUACGUGGGACCUGUAGCUAAUGAUAAGCCUCAUCCAUGUCAGGUCUGCAGUUGCAUGGGGAUACUUUCUCUCUUCUUUUGCUUUCGCAGGCAGCACCGACAACUUAGGCUCAUCUCUGCAUUUUUACGGCUUCACACAGUACAGUAUAUAGAAUGUAGCUUGUACAUAGCCUUUUAAAUUACUACUUUUUGUAUCUUUUCUCCUUAAGGCUUAAUUCUACAUUUUUACCGGUUUUGCUAAUUAUGAAUAAAUGAAUAAAAAUAUAUAUAUAUGGAUAUACAAUAUAGUCCUAAUAUUUGAACUUUUUAUUUUAUUUUUUUUGUUGUUUUUUUUUAAUAGCAGAGAUUCAUUUUUAACUUUUUUUUUCCCCUUUAGAUUUAAAGGUGUUGCCUGGAAAACAACUGAAGAAAUAAUACAUUUAUUGUCAUAUGGCCUUACAUACACAAAGCUAAUUGUAUUGUGAUUCUGUUUGAACAAGAGACGAAGCUUUGAGGAAAAAUUAUAUAAAAGGAAAAAAAAAAACCACUUAAAGUUUCUAUGACCAGCCUCUUGUUUGAGUUCUAGUAUCCUGAAGGGUUUCGGAAUUAUUUUACUAGCACCUUGUGAAGUGUUUAUGUGUCAGUGAUGUAAUUUAUUAAUGUUUGUAGCUUUUUUAUACUUGUACAAUUCUUAAGAGUUUUUGUUUUGAAUAUUUCAUCAACUUGUGAAAUCUCCCUUAGCAGAAAAUCUUUUUUUUUUCUUUUUCUUUUCUUGCUUUUUUUUUUUUGUUGUUUUUUUGUUGUUUUGGAUGUGUGCGUGUAUGUGUGUGUUUGGGAGGCAUCACAAACAUUUUACACACUAGAUUCUAUGUUACCGAGCAGUUUCUUUUUUUUUUUUUUAUCUCCAUCCUGUCUUCACUCAGUGUCAGUGUUAUCAUGAUGUCAUGGUAAACAUUUCCAAUGUGACAUGUUAUUAUUGUUAAUAUUAUAGUUCUAAGCAGAUGCGUCCAUGCCUCCCUCACGCCGUAUCAUUUUGGUUGGGACAUUUUGAACAUGGUUUAAUGUGCUAUUCUCUAUAGCAGCAGUGUUUUAGUCACAGAUGUAAUCCAUGCGUCCACUUCUCAGUAAUGAGAUGCGCUCUGAUCAAACUCUGCCAGUGGGACAUAUUUUCAGGUUUUUAUUUGUACAAUAUGUGUGUUGCUUUGUUGUGGUUUAUUUUUGUAUGUCCAACCUAUUAAAUGCAUCCACUGUGCCAGGACAGUGAAUGAUACCUGUUGUAGCUGUCUUCCCUUACUGUUAUUUACAGUACUAGUAAGUAUUUACAAUCCUUUUUGACCUGAAUCUAUAUUUUUCUGUAUUUAGACAAUUCUGUUUGAGAUCAUGGCUCACUUUUUUAAGACACAGAGAAAUGGCAAAUUCAGAGGAGCAAACAUAUUGUUGUUGAAUGAUAUGAUUGUCCGCCUUGUUUACUUUUGCAAUACAGUUACUGUGGAAAACCUACUUUGUAAUGUGUUCCUCUCCCACCUGCGAUGUGACGGCUUCUGUGGUGACGACUAAAACAGUUUUUCCUG